AUGCCUUACUCACAGAUGUUCAACCAAUUGCAAGACCAGUCAUACUACAAUCAACAGCAACCCUGGAACGAGGUGGACUUCACUACCUCUCUUCAGCCUCCUAACGCCAAUUUCAAGUCGACCGAAGACACAACAUUUUACGACGUCGAUAACAUACCGACAGACAAUCAGAAUGCUCCAUCACCAAACUAUUCACAAUUUUUGAAUUUCGAGUCUUCCGAUGUGGGCUCAUACUCUGUUGCGAGUGAAAAUGGACCUUCCGAGUCUUAUCCUACCACCUCGCCCACCUCAUUCAAUGCUUCACUGCCCGCAGCGAGCUAUGCAGUCAAACUGGAACCGGAUUUGAUGCAAAACGAUGCUUGUUCAUGCCGACUUAGUAAUGGACAGGCGAGCUGCAGCCCUCAACAAUGUGGGCAAGAACCAGCCUGUCUACAGCUAGCCAGCCUUGCUGAAAUCGAGGACUGCAAUACUGCACAAUAUGCCACCACGAAUGCAAACGAAUUCGACUUUUCCGCUCCUGUCAGGAAAUCUUCACGCUCGAUCUCGGGCGAGCCAGCUCCCAAAGCAAAGGGCCAGCAGAAGGAGAAACCCACGCGCAGCAAACGAGGCGUCAAGAGCUCUUCCAGCGACGAAGACACCGCUCAACUGCGGGCCAAGCAAGCACAUUCGGUCGUCGAAAGACGGUAUCGUGACAACCUGAACGGCAAGAUCAUGCAGUUACACAGCGCUUUGGUUGCCACAGAAGCGAGCUCACGGCUGACGGGUAUGCCUGCCCAAGACUUUUACACUUCACGAGACCAUCGGGGCAAGGUGAGAAAGUCUGAUGUGAUGACGGAUGCAAUGAACUAUAUCCAUCAGUCAGAGGUUGAAUUUCGACAUAUGACCGAUGAGAUCGGCCGUCUUAACGAAAGAGUCAGGACUCUAGAAGGACUUGUCAAGUGCGAAGAUUGCACCUUGCUCAAACAGAUGGUGCGAUUACAGCUGCAGCAACAGCAACAGCAACAGCAACAGCAACAGCAACAGCAGCAGCAGCAGCCUCUACUACAGCAACACAUGCAUCACUGAGCCAUCACAUGUACGAGUUGCAAACAAUAUUUGAAGACAUGUUCAAGGAAAUGGAGACUUCGAAAUGAUGGGUUCGUGUUUUACGCACGACGACUUUGGCGAAUGGAGUUUUCAUUUGUGCCAAAAGUGUUUCGCAGAGGAUUUCUGCCAGGAGUUCAGGGGAUUUUAUCUCGGAUGCGAGACCUCUGUGAAAGCAUUGGAGAAUGUGUCUCGCGCCGGUGGGCACAGAGGAAGAAGAACAGAAUGUUCAUACUCGGGGUGGGUUGGCUGUGCUUAAAGACUAUACACGGACAGUGUGCUCAAAGAUGCUACUUUUGACGACUGAUAUGACUUGUUUGACUCGCACUUUGUGUGCUUGAGUCCA